AUGUUAUUUCACCUGGUGAUGCUGCGGGUCUUCGCGGUUGUCAUGGCGAUAACAGUCGCCUGGGUGAAUGGAGCUCGGGUGCUGAGCGGUCAGACGGUGUGUCCAGGUGUCCCCGGGCGUCCCUGCUAUAAGAUCGCAUACUUCCACGACGUGUCGAGUCGCGUGGCGUUCAGGGAGGCGUGCCGCGCCUGUGAGAUGGACGGGGGGGCGCUGCUCAGCAUCGAGAGUCCGGCCGAGCAGACGGACAUCGAAGACCUGCUGCAGGAGCUUCGUUCAGGAGCAGGAGGAGGUGCAGGAGGAGGUGCAGGAGGAGGAGGUGCAGGAGGAGGAGGUAUAGCUGACGGUGAUUUCUGGAUCGGUCUCACCCGAGUGGACGGACAGGAUCCGGCUCGUCCUGAACUCGGCGCCUUGACUUCCUGUCCGCAGCUCUACCUGUGGACCGACGGUAGCUCCGCCUCUUUCAGGAACUGGUAUUUUGACGAGCCGUCCUGCGGGGGCGAGGCCUGCGUCGUCAUGUACCAUCAGCCAACUGCACUUCCUGGUCUGGGCGGGGCUUAUCUCUACCAAUGGAACGACGACCGCUGCAACAUGAAACACAACUUCAUCUGCAAAUACCAACCAGAACGUGAUCAUGUGACCGGCCACACGCCUGGAGGACGCAACACAGAGUCCACAGCAGGUGGGGGUGUGGUUAAACCGCCCCCGGGCAGCGAGGAGGUGCGGCCUCAGGUGACCACGGCUGCAGCUUCAGGAAUGUUGCUGGUCUACGUCAUCAUUCCCACCAUCCCCCUGCUGCUGCUCAUCCUGGUGGCUUCUGGGACAUGUUGUUUUCAGAUGUUGAGCAGAAGUGAACCCCGCACAAAGAGCGCCACCGACCAAUCACACCUGUGGAUCUCCGGAGCACCCAAGGCCGACAGCAUGGUGGUCUGA